AUGGAAAAUCAAAAGUUCCUAAGGUGUAGACAAUGGCGAGAAUGGCAUCAAGGACAAAAAACGAAAAAUUUGAGGUGGGAGCAAGAUGUGGAAGGAAAUGCAGCUACAUUUGAUGCAAUUUUAUGUGACAACACCGCGUGGAAGCCUUCAAACGGUGGUGGCGUUCAGUUUUGGAAACGAUACACAGGAGGCGGUAGGGCGUUCACUAAAUCCGGUGAUUUUAUUUUCUCCGACGAGGAAUAUAAGGAUGGGGUUGGAUGGAGGUUGAGCAAAGAGAUGGAGGGGAGUGUGCUGAAAUGGAGAACAGGAGCACGAGUUGUUGACCUACUUGCAAUAGUCGAAGAGAAUACAUAUAAUAAGUAA